AUGUCACAAAGCGAUCUCGCCGAUUUGGAACGGUUGACUACUGAAAUCAGCCAACACAUGGAGAAAAAAGUGGCCAUUUGUGCGGCUAUUGCUAGCCGCAUAUCAGUUGGUCCUAGCUAUUCUGAUCUAUCGUGGUGUUUAACUAAGUGUGAGGAAUCACUUCAAGAUGCCAUCGAUCAGAAAAACUUGGUAUUAAUGUACAUACAACAGGCACAAUAG